AUGGCGCAUGAGAGCGAGACGGGCGUCAGCACCAGACCGGAGCGUUACGGCGCCAGCAUCGUCGACGAGCGCCGCGAUGCGCUCAGAGACAAACUCAAGUACUUCGAGAGCAAGAUCGACGCCUCCGAUCCGGCGCAGGUGGCGGCGCUGGAGGAGAUGCGCGAGCAGACCGCGGAGGUUGAGCGCAUCUCCGGGGUGUGGCACACCAGGGGACUGCCCGGGGUGACCAGGGAGUGGAACGAUCCGUUCUACUGCCCCAAGCAGAUCGCGCCGCCGUCGUCGCAGGAGACGUUGAUGGAAUACAAGCGGAUGAAGCUCGAGGAGGCGAAGUUCAGGGCGGAAGGCCCGUACUUCAGCAAAGGCAAGCUGCCCCCGCCGCCGGCGUUGCAGGGACUCGAAGAGGAGGAGAAACCGAAGCCCAGCCGAGGGCGCGAAGGAGGAGGUAUCUUCGUCGCCAUGAUGAAACUCUCGUUCGGUAUGAAGGCCAAGCGGCAGAAGUUCGCCACGCAGCUGGCGGACGACGAAGAGGACGAAGAGGAGAAGGAGCUAAAGCGGCUCAAGUCCGAACCGGUCAAGGAACCGGAGGAUCCGGAGGUGAAGCGCGCCGCGGACAAGCUCGCCGCAUUCGUGGCGGCGAGGGGACGCGCGGCCGAAGAAGGGGCGCGCGCCAAAAAUCCCGGCGGCGACACCCCCUUCAGGUUCCUCCACGAUAAGACGUGCAACGACUACAGGUACUACGAAUCAAAGAUCGCGGAAGCGGUGGGCGGGGAGAAAUCGGGAGCGGGCGCGUCCACCGCGCCCGCUCCCGCUCAACCCGCCGCGCCCGCGGCGAUGACCCCGCCCGCCGGGAUCCCUCCUCCUCCGCCACCCGACGACGCAAUCGCCUCGCAGCCGAGACGGAGGAGCCGGUGGGGGAUGGCCCCGGGGGAACAAAAUCCCCCCGAAGCGCCCGCCCAACGGCCAAACUCGGGCUGGGACGCCGGUCCCGCGCCCCAGAGACAAACACCCGGCGCAGCCCCGGACUCUGAGCGAACGGCGGCGGCUUCGGGCGUCGUCGGCGGGGCGCCCAUCGCGUCGUCGAAUGCCACUACAUCUUCGCCGGACCGACCCCGUCCGCGCCGCGACGAGCGCAGGUUCUACCACGACCCGCGCGCGCAGGGACCCGCGGGGAUCACCGCCGCGUCCAGGUCCGGGUUCGCCGACGGCACCCCCGACGGCACCCCCGACGGCACCCCUACACCCGGCGCACAGCUGUCGGGCGGAGUGGUCGGGUUCGACAAGGACGCCGCGGCGCGGGACCCGCUGCGGGCGAUGGAGUUCUUCGCGCAGCGCGCGGCGAGGGAGGAGAAGUGGCGCGAGGACAAGCGCGCCGAGCGCGAGCGCGUCGAGCGCCAACGGUCGGAGCGCAAGGGUUUCAGCGACCCCAUUCCCGGCGCACAGCUGGACGGAUCGACGCCGGCUGAGGCGGAGGCGCGGCGAAUGGGGGUCAACAGGCCGAUCCGUCACGAGGAGAUCGACGCCAAGUACGACGCGUUGGGCAGGCGGGGGCAUCACAUGGAUCAGUUCGUGCCCGAGCACGAGCGCGUGCGGAUGAUGGCGGCGGCGGGGGAUCCGGCGGCACAGGCUGCGCAGGCGAAGCAGGCCAUCGAGGCGAGGCUCAACGGCGGCGGAGGUGGGGGCGGGUUGGGGUAUAAUCCCCUCGAGCGCAAGGGCCUGGGAGCCUCGGAUCCCACCGCGCCUUCGUCGCAGGACGACAUUUACGAGCAGUAUAAGAAGCGAAUGUCCACGGGAUACAGGUACAGGCCGAACCCGCUGGGUAACCCGCGCAAGCAGUACUACUAG